UUUCCAGCAACAAAAAUGGGAGAACGUAAAGGCCAGAACCUCUAUUACCCUCCGGACUACGACCCUAAAGUCGGAGGGUUGAAUAAAUUUCUCGGAACUCAUGCUUUACGCGAAAGAGCACGAAAACUCCACAUGGGCAUUCUUAUAAUAAGAUUUGAAAUGCCCUACAACAUCUGGUGUGAUGGAUGUAACAACCACAUCGGCAUGGGCGUAAGGUACAAUGCAGAGAAAACAAAAGUGGGAAUGUAUUACAGUACCCCGGUGUAUCAGUUUAGAAUGAAGUGUCACUUGUGUGAUAAUCAUUUUGAGAUCAAGACUGAUCCAGGGAACCUAGACUAUGUUAUAGUAUCAGGUGCAAGAAGGCAAGAAAACCGUUGGGACCCAACAGAAAAUGGCCAAGUAGUUCCAGAAACAAAAGAGACGCAGAAAAAACUGUUUGACGAUGCCAUGUUCCGACUUGAACAUAAAACAGGGGAUGAAGAUAGUGCAAAACAGGACAAACCCAGGUUGGGAAGACUAGUUGGCAGGAACGAGACUGUUUGGAAGGACGAUUAUGAGGCCAAUUGCUCUUUGAGGAGGAAUUUUAGAAAGAGAAGAAAAGAAUUAGAGGAAACUUCAAUGAAUGAUAGUUUGCUGCUAGCAAAAUCAUCACUCGACAUUAACCUUCUCCCGGAGUCACAAGAGGACCGCAAUAUGGCAUCUCUUCUAUCUCUCCGUCCUUCCCGCAGCAUAGAAGAAAAACAAAACUACACUCGAAAUAAAAUCCUCAACAGCCCAGCCCUACCAAGUUCCAGCGGCCUUUUAACGAGUUUCGGAGGUCUUAAAAAAGAGGAUUCGUUAAGCAAAACUACUCCAUUAAGUAGAAAUUCCCUAGGUAUCAUGAUUAAGAAACCAAAAUUAGAUACCAUAAGCAAAAAUGUUGAAGUUGACCAAGAAAUUAAAGUGAAACAUUCUAAUUUAAAUUCAGAUGAUUUGCAGUCUAUAGAUGUAAAAGUACAUAGUGAAUGUAUGAGGAAAGAUAAUGUAAUUGAAAACAAUGUCUGUAAAGAUGAUAACUUGUUUGAACUCAAAUGUGAUAGAUAUGAUAAAGUAUUGUCUUUGGUCUGUGAUUAUGGCUCAAGUGGUGAGAGUUCUGAAUAAAUGUAUUGUUUCCUACUUUAUCUUAUUGACAUAUUUCUAAAGUCCAAGCUUCAAGUUAUAGUUUAACAGAUGUUGACCAUACAUUGUAUACCUAUUUCGUUCUAAUGUGCUUACGAGUAUGCUACUACAAUUAUAACUUUACCUUAAAGUUUCAACAAAGGUUUGAUAUUUUAAGUGAUGUUCUACAAGAUUUGUUUUUCAAUGUUAUGU